AUGAAGUUCGCAAAAGAACUAGACGAUGAUCUCGUGCCCGAAUGGCGGUCUAAGUACCUCAACUACAAGGGCGGCAAGAAGAGGAUCAAGGCCGUGACACGCGCUCUUCGUGAAGCCGCGAAAACACCUUCGUCUACCUUCCCUCGUCCAGAAGCGACACCCGAGUUACCAUAUACCCAUUUCGACUACAAUGCUCGAAGAUCGCGCAAGAACCAGGCAAAUGGCACAAAAGCCGCCCGAAAACCUGCCCUCGAGGAAGCGCGCCGAGUCAGCACCCUCUUCGCAGCAUCGCCUCCAGUCCUUAUCCCGGAUAGUCAGCCUGAAACAGAGGAGAACAGCACAUUCACUUCACCAGAGGGAAGCCCAGAGGAAGAGACACCAUUACAGCCAGUUCGAUCACGCGCGACACGUUAUGGUAGUAUCAUUGGAUCGCCGCCGUCUGGUCCAGCGCGUAUGCCAAGUCUGGACCUGCCCGACCCUGCUCUGGCCACCAAGAAGCACGAUGCGCCAGAUGAUCUAACGCAGCUGCCGUCACCUGUGGUUAAACCGCCAAACCCGUCGCCAGAUCCUUACCACAUCGGCAAAGACACGGCCAAGCAGAGUCUGGCCAAACGCAUGUUCCUACAACGUCAUCGCAACUCAACUGCCCCGUCGCCUGGAAAUGCUCGUACCUACUCGCAGUCGAAGUUGCGGAGGAUGUUCACGUCGCACCACGAGCAGACACCCACCGGUAAUGAUGUCCAGCUCGAGGCCUAUGAAAAGCUGGAUGCGAAGCAAGACGACUUCUUCUCGUAUCUGGACAAAGAGUUGAAGAAAGUUGAAGAAUUCUACAAGUUCAAGGAGGACGAAGCCAAUGAUCGGUUGAUGGUCCUUCGCAAGCAGCUUCAUGAGCUUCGCGACCAUAGGCUGGAGGAGGUCCGCUCUCUGCACAAAGGUCAGUCUAAGACGAAUGGGGUCUUGAAGGAUCUUGGUGGUGAUGAGCACAAGCCAUCGCUCAGUAACGCUUAUGGUGUGGCAAACCUUGCACGGCCAGUCGGCGAGUUUGUUACAGGCAAGACCAAGAUUGGACGUGUGACUAAGUCGCUCCAACAGAAUGCGUCUCCUGAAAUUUCUCCAGGCCAGGCCGCAGCACGACCCUCUGUCGACAACAGAGCCGACUUCGUACGGCGCCAACAGCAUGUACCCUCCUACCGUGUGGCAAAGCGACGAUUGAAGCUGGCAGUGCAGGAAUACUACCGGAGUCUGGAGUUGCUUAAGUCGUAUGCUCUGCUCAACCAGACUGCAUUUCGCAAAAUCAACAAGAAGUACGACAAGGCUAUCAAUGCUCGCCCGCCACUGCGAUACUAUUCUGAAUACGUGCAGGAUGCAUACUUCGUCAAGAGUGAUGUCAUCGGCAAUCACAUGGUCACUGUCGAAGAUUUGUACUCGCGAUAUUUUGAGAAAGGGAACCACAAGAUCGCUGUGAGAAAGCUGCGCUCAAAGCUCAAAGAGGACGACACCUCCGAUGUGACAUUUCGCAACGGAUUAUGGCUCGCGGCUGGAGGAUGCCUAGGUGUCGCCGGACUCGUCGAUGCUCUGCGACUCCUGUUCGGCACUGAAGGCGUCCUCAAGAUACAGGUCAGCUACCUGCUUCAACUAUAUGCUGGAUACUUCUUGGCAUUGUCAUUAGGUCUGGCAUUCAUCGUCAAUUGCAGGAUCUGGAAACAAAAUCGCGUCAACUAUGCUUUCGUCUUUGAGUUCGACCCAAGGCAUACACUGGACUGGCGACAACUGGCAGAGCCUCCGUGCUUCCUCAUGUUCUUGCUUGGUCUCUUCCUCUACAUCAACUUCCGCCAUCCAGUCGACGAUGGCUUCUUCCUGUAUUAUCCAGUCAUUCUGAUAAGCUUGACGCUCCUGCUCAUGGUUCUGCCCUUCAAGAUAUUCUACCCACAGGCCAGGAAAUGGUGGGCCUACUCGAAUUGGCGCCUGCUAUGCGCAGGAAUAUACAACGUCGAGUUCCGGGAUUUCUACCUCGGAGACAUGUACACAUCAGCAACGUACUCCAUGAGUCAGAUCGCGCUGUUCUUCUGCCUCUACUCGAGUGGCUGGAAUGACCCGCCGCACUGCAAUUCCAACCAUUCGCGCCUUCUCGGAUUCUUCACAACCUUUCCUGCCAUUCUACGCGCCUUCCAAUGUAUAAGGCGUUUCUGGGACUCUGGCAGCUGGUUUCCCCACAUGGCCAAUUUCGUGAAAUACUGCGGCAAUAUCAUGUACUACAUGUCGCUGAGUCUAUACAGAAUAGAUAUGGAUCACAAGACAAGGGCGGUCUUCAUCACUUUCGCGGCGGUCAAUUCAGUCUACUGCACCAUUUGGGAUAUCUUCAUGGACUGGAGUCUGGGAGACUGGAUACAUGGAGACAAUAAGUUCCUCAGGAGCCGCCUGGCGUUUAAGAAAAGACGCUACUAUUAUGUGGCGAUGGUGCUGGAUAUCAUUCUUCGCCAGCAGUGGAUCGUAUACGCUAUCUUCGUGGAGGACCUGCAGCACUCAUCGGCCGCGUCCUUCUUUGUUGGCUUUGCAGAGGUCAUUCGACGAGGAAUGUGGUCCAUUUUCCGUGUCGAGAACGAGCACUGCAACAAUGUUGGCAAGUUCCGUGCCUACCGUGACGUGCCACUGCCGUACAAGCUACCGGACGAGCAGGUGCCAGAAUCACAACGCGAGAGCAUGGAUCCGCAGACCGAUGGCGGCGCCACGCCGACCGGUGUGGAGGGAGCUGUUGCCAGCGGCACAGACUUGGAACGACAGCGAACCGACGACUCCGCCACUUCCACAGUCCGGAACCGCUUUCGUGCACUGGCUCGUGUCGCGACGGCUUUUGCCAAUGCCCACGGUCAGGACUACGAAAAGAAGAAGAGACCCACAGGAGAUGCGCCGGACGAAGAGCAGCCAUUGGAUGGCAAUGAGAGUAGUGACGAUGAUGAUGAUCCUGCUGCUGAGGACGUGGACGAUGAGUUUCGACGGUCGGUGGAGGUGCAGGAUAAUGAGGAUGUAGACCAGGUUAGAGAUUUGGUUACACGGGCAGCGCGGACUGCUCCGAGGUCGUGA